UAGAUACCCGCGUGCAUCAGUUGGGUUGAGCGUGGGGCGAGGAAAGGGUUAAAAAUGAAAUGCGACUGUGGCAUGCUGGGAGUGGCAGGCGAUAAUAAUAAGGCUGCUGGGAGUUGCAGUCUCCCCGGUGCCGGCCAAGAGGUUCCGUAUCGUAAAGGUUUCCGUCGGCCCCGGGCAUUUGCAGCCUGAGUUGAUGCAAUCCCAGAAUUUCUGCGCAGUUUUCUGGAGGAAUCGGCGGACUAAUAAGUUGAGAAGGACCCAAGCUGAGAUGAAACCUCCCCCAGGGAUUCCUCUUUACAGAACAUGGGUUGGUAAUUGCUAUGGCCGGCACCGCUCACUUUCUUUCCUUACAAAGAGAAUUCCUCCUCUGGCAGAACUCAAUACCUCUCAGCCUAGCAUCCUGCGGAACACAGUUACUUAUGUUCUGUUUAAUCACUGGUCAAGGAGAUAUCACCAGGCCUCAAGAACACUGUGGAACCAUGAAGCCCUGCAAAAAUAUCUGCAGACUUUGAGCCAAGAGUAUCAAAGGAUUAGUCAGCUAUUAGAUGAUUGUUCAGUGAGUGAACAUAGCCAAAAGGCUCUGGCUAAGAGACAUGCCAAACUGUCCCCACUGGCCAAGGCAUUUGCGGAAAUACAAGCGGCGGAAAAAGAGAUACAGGAUUUGGAGGUGCUGUGUGAAAAGUUGAACACCUCAGAAGAGAGUCAGCUGCUAGAACUUGCUCUAGAGGAAAAGGAAGCUGUUGACCGCAAGAUCAGCACUCUAUGUCAGCAGCUUAUCCAGAUCUUGAUACCAAGAGAAAAAUAUGACCACUGCCAGGCUGUAUUGGAAGUGACAUCUGGGAGGACAACUGGAGGUGACAUUUGCCAGCAGUUUACACAAGAGGUAUUUGAGAUGUACCAGGGCUAUGCUGAUUUCAAACACUGGACCUUUGAAAUCCUGAACUACACUCCAGCUGACUAUGGCGGGCUACACCAUGCAGCUGUCCGCAUUUCCGGAGACCACGUCUACCGGCAUUUGAAGUACGAAGGAGGUACACAUCGGGUGCAGCGAAUCCCUGAGACUGGUUUAUCUUCAAGGAUGCAGCGGAUCCACACAGGGACCAUGUCGGUAAUCGUUCUUCCCCAGACAGAAGAGGUAAAGAUCAAAGUAGAACCAAGAGAUCUGCGCAUAGAUACAUUUCGAGCCAGAGGAGCAGGAGGACAGCAUGUCAACACAACAGACAGUGCUGUGAGAAUUGUACAUAUUCCUACAGGGUUAACUGUCGAGUGCCAACAGGCACGAUCUCAGCUCCUGAAUAAAGAAACGGCCCUGCAGAUGCUGCAAGAGAAAUUGUACCGGCAGUCCAUCGAGAGAGAGCUGAACCAAAGGACCAGUUCGAGGAAGCUGCAGGGACCAGAGCCCAGUCGGAGAGAAUUCGCACAUAUAAUUUCAGCCAAGACAGAGUCACUGACCACAGGAUCUCCUAUGAAGCACGCAAUAUUAAGGAAUUCCUGUGUGGCAGGUGGCUGCUAGAUGAUCUUAUCAACAAACUACUGGAAGCAGCUGAGGUGGAAGCUGUGACUGAACACUUAGAACACAACUUUCAAUCACUACCCACAGAUGCCUGACUUCUAUUAAAUUCCCCCCAACGAUA